UUUAUAGGACUGAAGCAAGAAAAAAAGAUGAAGAGGAAGCAGGUGCACAAACAUUGCAUGCGGAUAUUGCUAAUCAAGGCCAGGUGGCUCGUAACCUGGAAGGGGCAAAAGUUUUCUUAGCAGAACAACAUGCCUGUGCUUCCCCAAUGGUUUUCCAAUCUGGGAAAUGGAAUUCCUCCAGGCCAAAACCCUCUGAACAUAAUAAAUUGAAACAGAAGGGCAAGUUACCUGUCAAUAUUGAGCCACAUGAGAUAACCAUUAUGCAUCAUGGGCACAAUGUGCCUUCCAAUGAGGAUCCGCAGAAAUUUCAAAAUCCUAUUCUGCAGUCACAGGUGAAUGUGAACUACUAUCCAUCCAUGCAAACCCAACACAUUACUCAAUGGGGGAUUAGAGAAUCCGGAAGAUUUGAUCAAGCUUAUGGUCAAAACUUUUACCAAAGGGAGAGUACUGCAAUGCCACGCAGGCCCCAAGAAUUCCAAUUUAUAGAUUUUCCCAAUCAAGUCAUAACAGGAAGCGAAAAUCGAUCUGGAGGAGCCUCUAAUUCACCUAUUGUUAAUGUGCCAAUUCAGCAAAAUGUCUCUCUGGAUCUCACAUUGGGAAGAGGCACAGGAAGCACUUAUGAGCAACCUGAUUUGACAUUGAGGCUUGGGAGAGGAGGCUCAGGAAACAACGACAGGGCUCAAGUGAAUAGAAUUGGGCCUUCCACCUCAGCUUUUAGGCGUUAUAAUCCUAAUCCCUCCCAUAUGUAUAGAGGGGGACCCUCCAAUCAAAUCACCACAGCUCCUAGGGCUCCUAUACCAACAGUUUAUGCACCUUAUUAUGGAACACUUGGAUUACACAUCGAUCCCUUCAUACGGGCUUUCCUUGGGCGCCGCCAACGUGAGGAAUGAUGUUAUGUGCCUCGCGUAGCCCGUGAGAUGCGCAGUUUGACCACUGAGAUGCCCCUGUGUGGAUAUAUAUAUAUAUAUAUAUAUAUAUGCCACCCUCACCCAGCCGGCGAGAUGCCCCUAUGUCUGGAUGCAUGUUUAUGAGCCGAGAUUGAUGUAUGGCCUCACUGCAUGUAAAGGCAAUGACAGUUGUAAUUGGUUUGCAUUGAUGAAACUUAAGUGUUUUUGUAUUCAUAAACAAGAAUAUGCUUUUGCAUGGUUUAUGGAUUCAUAUAAAUAGCUUGUUGUAUAUGAUAUGGAUAUGCUUUGUUCUAUCUUAUUAGAGUUUGCAGUUUAUUUCA